UAUAAAAAAAACUAUGAUGGAGGUAAUUGAGCACGAGCAUCCACUGAAGCUCAUUGAUUUGCAGGUGAAUGUUGAAGAUGUAGAUGACGAAUCUGAUGAUGAAGAGGAGAAGGAGGAGGAUUUGGUUCCGCAAGAUGAGUUUUCGUGUACUUGUAAGCGGUGCAAUGAAGAUAUCAACGAGUAUUACAGGUACUACUAUAAAUGUAUACAUGAUUCAUGUGAUUUCGCUCUUCAUAAAUUCUGUGCAGAGCUCCCAGAAACAUUAAACCACCCAUCACACGAACAUCCUUUAACCCUCUGUAAUACGGACGAAGAUUGGACAUGUGAUAGUUGUCAAAGAGGUCACAAGCCAGGUGCAUGCUAUUUCUGCGUUGAUUGUUGUUUGUGGAAGGAUGUAAAUUGUGUUAUGGAAGCAGACAAAAGGAGAAUCUACCACCCUAGCCAUCCACACCCACUAGUGUCUCUCUGCUCCAAACCCAUUUUAUGUGAGUGUGCCGCUUGUGGGAAGGAUCAUAAAGGGCUCUUCUUUCACUGUACCACAUGUUCUAACUUCGCCAUACACAUUGAUUGUGCUUUCCUGCCAAAACGUUUGUUAAUCCAACAUACUACAAAUGCCAUUUUCAGCCAUACCCAUCCACUCACCCUUUCUUAUUCCUGCCCAAUAGAAGAGAUAAGAGCUAGAUAUUAUCCUAGAUGCAGAGUAUGUGAUGGAUAUUUUGAUUACAAGGAGGUUCUUUGGAUAUACAAAUGCGAGAAAUGUAUAUACUAUGCCCAUCUAGAUUGUGCAACAUCAAGAAGAGAGUCAUUCAUGUCCAUCUUGUCUAUUGGUGGAGGUCCAACCGUUAAAAACUUUAAAGAUGCUGACUAUCCUAAUCUUCUCCAUUUACCAUUUCCAGAUCAAACUUACAGCAUACCAAAACAUUUAUUUUCAAAAGAACUUGGACUUGCCGAUUAUGGUAAUCAUGAGGUAAUUAGCCUACGACAUAUGAAUCGUCAACAUGAGUUAAUUUUAGUUGACACAGGAAGCAUCGGGUCAACCUCCUCAAAGAUCAAUGAUAUGAUCAUGUGUCAUAACCCAAUGAAAAAGAUAGAAUUAUUAUGCAACGGAUGUGUGAGACCAAUCACGGAGAUGCCGUUCUACAAGUGUCGGGCCAAAGAAGAUGAGAACUGCAACUUUGCUCUUCAUGAAUGGUGUACUCGGCGGCUUCCAACAAAAGUAGACAACCACCCAGCUCACCCACAACAUCCCCUCCUUCUAAUGACAAACAUCCCCAAUAUGUUUAACAUAUUUCAUUGUGGAGUUUGCCUCUUAGAUUGCAAUGGCUUUGCUUAUGGUUGUGUCGAAUGUGGAUUUUACGUUGAUAUUACUUGUGGGUUUAUGCCGGAAAGAAUCACACAUGAAUCUCACCCAAAUCAUCUUCUUUCAAUAGUUAAGGAGGAUCCGCCCAGUGGAUAUUGUCUUAUGUGUUGCAGCUUUUCCAAUCAGAGCUUCAGUUUCAGUUGCAGCUUUUGUGAUGUGUAUAUUCAUCCGUGGUGUGCUUUGUUAUUGCCUAAGACAAUUAGGCACCCUUAUGACAAACAUCCAAUGCACAUCAGUUACCUCCCAAUUGAGAAUCACAAGAGUGAAUAUUUUUGUGAAAUUUGUGAGGAAGAAUUGGAUCCUCAUCGUUGUUUCUAUCAUUGUGAUGAGUGUAGUCAAUCAGUACAUUCUGAUUGUGCUCCUUUAAUACUUCAGUGUGAAACACAAACCCAUUCCUCAUCUCACAAAAUUUUCGGAUAUGGAAUAGGUGACGGUGUCUAUUUGUUUUUAAAUAUGAAGUUUGGGAGUAUUCAUAAGACUGAUGGUCACCCACAUCCUCUAACAUUUGCCCAAGGGAUUGAGAGUGAUGGUGGUUGCAGUGUGUGUGCUGAGGAAUUGCGGUACCAGAUGAUACUUAGGUGUUCCGAGUGUGAGUUUGCAGUUCAUCGCCAUUGUUUGAAAAUCUUGAACAACUCAUGAAGGUGUGUAUGUUUCAUUUUCCAUGUGCUUUGAAGGCACAAGGCAGACAUUAAUUCCCACUAUCAAAGUUAAUAUCUUGUAUAAUAAGUAUUGUCGCUACUUUUUCCGGUAUAUCUUUUAUAUGUGAAGUGAUGCAAUGAAAAAAUACAUGGCGUUUGCGUGUUCA